AUGGGGUGCGGUGCGAGCAAAGAAGACACCGCCGGCAAGGCAAGGAAUGAUGAAAUUGAAAAUCAACUCAAGAGGGACAAGAUGGCCCAGCGGAAUGAGAUCAAGAUGCUCCUGCUUGGCGCUGGUGAAUCAGGGAAAUCUACGAUCCUCAAACAGAUGAAACUCAUUCAUGAGGGAGGUUAUUCACGAGACGAGCGCGAAUCCUUCAAGGAAAUCAUCUUCUCCAACACGGUUCAAUCCAUGCGCGUUAUACUAGAGGCCAUGGAAUCCCUCGAACUACCUCUCGAUGACCCUCGAGCCGAAUAUCAUGUCCAAACUAUUUUCAUGCAGCCUCCGCAGAUCGAAGGCGACAGCCUCCCUCCCGAGGUUGGAGCCGCAAUCAAGGCGCUGUGGCACGAUGCAGGCGUACAAGAAUGCUUCAAGCGGUCAAGAGAAUACCAACUGAAUGAUUCGGCAAAAUACUAUUUCGACUCCAUCGACCGUAUCGCAGCCCACGAUUACCUACCCAACGAUCAAGACGUCCUGCGGUCUCGAGUGAAGACUACUGGUAUCACCGAGACGACAUUCAUCAUCCAGGAUCUCACCUAUCGCAUGUUUGAUGUCGGCGGCCAACGGUCGGAACGGAAGAAAUGGAUUCACUGCUUCGAGAAUGUCACCACCAUCCUUUUCUUGGUUGCCAUCUCCGAAUACGACCAAUUACUCUUCGAGGAUGAGACGGUGAACCGGAUGCAGGAAGCGCUGACCCUUUUCGACAGCAUAUGCAACUCCAGGUGGUUCAUCAAGACCAGCAUCAUCUUGUUUUUGAACAAGAUCGACAGAUUCAAGGAGAAGCUUCCCGUCAGUCCGAUGCAGAAUUACUUCCCAGAUUAUGAAGGCGGUCCCGAUUACGCUGCGGCGUGUGACUACAUUCUGAACAGAUUCGUGUCGCUCAAUCAAGCUGAGACGAAGCAAAUCUACACGCACUUCACUUGCGCCACGGAUACCACUCAAAUACGAUUCGUCAUGGGAGCGGUUAACGAUAUCAUCAUCCAAGAAAACCUUCGAAUGUGCGGGCUCAUAUGA